AUGGCCCAAGCAGCAGUGACGGCAAUGGCUCGAAGCCUCCAGCACAUGGCAGAGCAAGCGCCCACCGAUCGCGCAGAGCACAUGCGUUCGCUGGUCACGCUUCUGGCGUCCACCCCUGUCGAGCCAGAAGAGGUGGACCAAGUUGCCGCCGAGCUUUCGACGGACCCACUGGGCUUUUCGGCGGAGGAGCGGGAUAUGAUACUUCAGGCCAUACGAACUCGCGAGGCCGCAGCGCCGAAGACCCGCAGGGCGGCGCAGGACUAUAGCCGACUGGAUCGUUUCCUCUUCGCAUCGGACUGGCAAGCGCUGCGGAACAUGGCAUCUGCGCGGUCUAGGGCAGCCUCCUCGGCCGGCCGGGCGACCUCUGAAGGACAGCUUGUAGCAUGCGCAGCCCGCGUGCCACUACGAUCCACGCAUCAGACCGUGCAGCUGGAGCAGCAAGGGGUGGCGCCAGUGCAGGCUGGGCUGCAGGCUUUGGUUAGCGCGCUGACAGGCUAUAGUAGCGGCCACACGCAGUCGCCCCCUUUGCUGCGCAACCUGCAGAUUUUUUCGAACGCUGGAGCAGUGGCAGGGCCAAGCGUGCCGCGAAGGGCGACCACGGAAAGCUUGGCGCUGACGGACAGUCAGCGCACGUUAUGUUCAAGCUCCCGCUUGGGCCUUGGCCAAGAGUUGGAAGGGCCGGCGACACAGCCCGCACCGAGCCCUCAGCCGCUGGCUAUCAGCCUCAGCGCGCCAUCAGCGCAGGAAGCUAAACAGGCAGGCCCUGUCGAGGGCGCAGCAGAGAUAGCCCUAUGCAGCGCUGAGGCAUCGGCCGAAGACCAGGUUCAUGAAAUGGAAGCCGCCCUGCGCAAGAAGGCAGGCUUGCCUGCCACAAGUCGCAAGAAUAAAGCCGACCCAGAGCAAGGGCUGCAGGGUCGUGGCAUGACGCGACCAGCGGCGAAGCACGAGCUGAAACGCCCGGCAGCCAAGCUGGAGCUGAAGCGCCCGGCGGCGAGCCACGACCCGAAUCACCAGGAAGCAAGCCGCGGCAUGAAACGCCCGGCGGCGAGGGAGGCGAAGGACGUAAGCGCUAACUUGAAGCGUCCGGCUGCAAAGGCGAAGGCUGAGUCUAAGCCGCCGUCCGCCGGUCGCGGCUUGCCCGAGAUCACGGAACGGCAGCGCUUGCUCCGCAAGCCGGAGGGCUGCGGCGGAUGUCGCAACAGACCCGGCUGCUGCCCUAGCUGCUGGAUAAAAAGAGGUCUCCGCAAGGUUCAGUGA